AUGAAUGAAAGAAAUUUUGAUGCAAAGAAAUUAUGCGUUUUUGCGUGGUAUUUGAUUGAACGUGGACAACAACCUGAUGUUGCUCUUGAUGAUCAGAAAGUCGGACUAAUUGGUUCUCGAAUCUAUAUCUCACUGUGCUGUUUAAGUGGAGCGCAGGCUUUCAAUAUCUUCAAUGAUUGUCUUUUCCAAAGGACUUUGGACCAAUUACGAUUAAUUCGCAGGUUACUUAGUAAUGGUCACCUUUUGACAACCAACGAUCGCGUAGAAAUAAUUCGAAACACCAAAAGUAAAAAUAAGAAACCAUUUGUUGCAAACAACUCAAGAAUAAAGCAUGCAGAUUUCGUUCAGUUUACUAUGGAGGACAGAACAGAACUAAGAUAUAUGCUAUGUGACGUUCUAGAUUCAUUAUUUAUCUUCUUAAACAGAGGCUUGCUUUCAUCAGCUCAGCAAUGUUUAACGUCGCUGACUAUUUUUUUACAACAACUUAUGCAAUUAGACUUUUCCGAAAAAACAUCUUUUUUGGAAUGUAAACUGCUGUCAGAUUUCCAGAGAUUACGGGGAUUUUCUGACCGGUCAUUUGCUUUGAUGCACCGCUUUCUAGAUAAUCAGCAUGCUCUCUGCGGCGUUUUAUACGGAAGAAUUGUUAUGCCACGACUAUUACUCUGGACACUUGAAAAUACCGUAUUUCCCACGAAUGCUCAUCCACCGAAACUGAUGAGUACUUACAAGGAAGCGAUGCUUAGUUUCAUUAAAAUAAGAAUAGGGAAAGAUUCUGCAGAAGAGAUAUUCACUAUUUUAUUGAUGCUUCAAAAUGUGUGUUUUCGUUGUCCAGAUCGGAGUGAUUAUCGUGCAAAGGUGGCAAGUUCCGUUGUUGAAGUCCUUGCCUACUUGCCUCCCAAAUAUAUCCGAGAUUUUGCCGCUUUCCUACUGUUAACUGGCGCCAAUUCCAAAGUUGCAGUCCGUGGUUUUGCUGUUGAAGUUGCGUUACCGUUUAUGAAACAAUAUGGUGAAUUUCCUGCACGUAAUCCUGAAGAGAUGGUUCCAGGUCAUAUCCUUGAUGUUAGUUAUAAGCAAGAGAAUAGAACUUAUGGUUGCGAACAAAUGGAUGAAAAGGAUGCAUCCAGUGACGAAGAAAUACUGAUGGAAGUAGACGAACCUAGAAACGAUGAUAAUGAUAACAGACAACAAAUUCGGAAGAAAGCAAAAAAAGAAAGCGAUAAGGUUCGCAUUUUUUAG